AUGGAAAGUGGAUUUGGGAUGAAAGUUAUAUUGUUGAUCAAUAUGAUGAGAAUUGUCCUUUCUUGGAUCCCGGUUUCCGGUGCCGGAAAAGUGGUCGCCGGGAUAUGGAUUACCGGAAGUGGCGAUGGCAACCUCAACAUUGUCAACUUCCAAGUAAUUGGGUUGCUAGAGGCAACUUUGGCAAUGAUAUUGGGCAAAUCGUUCAAUGCAAAGGAUUUCCUCGAACGUAGUCGAAAUGGUCAAAUAGUGUUUGCUGGAGAUUCAAUUGGAAGAAACCAAUGGGAAUCUAUGAUAUGUAUGUUAGCACAAGGUGUAUCUAACCAAUCCACCAUAUAUGAAGAAUUUGGAAACCCCAUAACCAAACACAGAGGUUAUCUCUCUAUGAAAUUUCAAGAGUACAACCUUACUGUUGAAUAUUACAGAGUACCUUUCCUCGUAGUCGCUGAUCGUCCUCCCGCGAAUGCAUCGAAAGAAGUGAGAGGAGUGAUCAGACUUGAUAAGCUGCACUGGUAUUUCACAAAGUGGGUUGAUGCAGAUGUAAUUAUAUUCAAUGCUGGACAUUGGUGGAAUGAAGACAAAACUAUUAACAUGGGCAUCCAUUUCCAGGAAGGAACAACGGUGAACAUGACGAUGAAUGUUGUGGAAGCUUUUCAAAGAUCCUUGAAUACUUGGGCGUCGUGGGUGAUUCAAAAUACCAAGCCUGAAAAGAGUCACAUCUUCUUCCGCAGCGUUUCACCAGUACACUACAGGGAUGGAGCUUGGAAUGAAGGUGGCCAUUGCCACACAAAUACAGCACCAGAAACAGACUAUACCAAGCUGGAGAAAGAGCCAGCCAACAAUAUAUUCAUUUCUGAGGUAGUUGAGAAAAUGCAAAAUACAAGAAGAAACAUGACCUUCCUAAACAUCACAUAUCUAAGUGAGUUCAGGAAAGAUGGUCACCCUUCAGAAUAUCGUGAACCUGGCACCCUGGCUGGUGCACCACAAGACUGCAGCCACUGGUGCCUACCGGGAGUGCCAGACUCUUGGAAUGAACUUCUUUACGCCUAUCUACUGUUGAAUGGAUAUAGAACCAAGUUGAAAUGA